UAAAUGCAAUGAAGUGAGAAAUGGAAAGUUACAAAUGGACACCCGAAAAAUAAAACUUUUGUCCAAUAAGUGUUGGUGUUAGGUGAUUCAACCAACUUGGCAUUUAUGAGACCAUCACCCACCAUAAAAAUCCAUGUUCCACAGACUGUGUGUCUAACAUAUGCUACUAGUAGACACUGUUGUAGAAAAUAACAACAACAAAAAUCAACACAUCGAUCCUAGAAUGAACAAUAUUGGCAUGGAAGUUGAAGAGACAGUAAGAGAGUUGAGACAAUACUUCAAAACAGGAAAAACAAAAAGUGUUGCAUGGAGGAAAAACCAGCUCCAAGCUUUACUUAACCUUGUCCAUGAAAAUGAAGAUGCUAUAUCUAAAGCUCUUUACCAAGAUCUUGGAAAGCACCCUGUUGAAGCUUACCGCGACGAGAUUGGAGGGGUGGAAAAAUCAGCACAAAGCUCCUUGAACAGUGUUGAAAAAUGGAUGGCUCCUAAAAAGAGCAGCAUGCCUCUUCUUUUCUUCCCUGCAAAAGGAGAGUUGUUGCCGGAACCACUUGGUGUGGUUCUUAUUUUUUCAUCUUGGAACUUUCCGAUCGUGUUGGCAUUGGAUCCAAUAAUUGGGGCAAUAUCUGCUGGAAAUGUUGUUCUGAUUAAACCAUCAGAGCAAGCUCCAGCAUGCUCUUCUUUUCUUGCAAAUACUCUUCCUCGCUACUUGGACAGUAACGCCGUCAAGGUCGUUGAGGGUGGAGGAGAUGUCUGUGAAAAGCUUCUGCUACAUAAAUUUGACAAAAUAUUCUUCACUGGAAGUCCACGAGUGGCAAGCAUAGUUAUGACUUCUGCUGCAAGAAAUUUAACUCCGGUGACUCUAGAGCUAGGUGGAAAAUGUCCUGCUAUAUUUGAUCACCUUUCCAAUCCUUCAGAUUUUAAGAUGGCAGUAAAAAGAAUAGUAGGAGCAAAGUGGGGAAUCUGUAGUGGACAAGCAUGUAUAGGAAUCGAUUAUGUGCUUGUUGAGGAGAAGUACUCGUCUGAAUUGAUAGAACUAUUGAAGAAGUUUGUGAGAAGAUUUUAUGGUGAUAACAUGGUAGAGUCAAAGGUACUCUCAAGAAUAGUAAACAAACAGCAUUUUCAGAGAUUGUGCAAUCUUCUUAAAGACCCUCUUGUUGCUGCUUCAAUAGUUCAUGGUGGUUCAGUUGAUGAAGCAAACCUGUUUAUUGAGCCAACAAUCUUGUUAGAUCCACCACUAGAUGCUGAAAUCAUGACAGAAGAAAUCUUUGGUCCAUUUCUUCCAGUGAUCACAGUGAAUAAAAUUCAGGAAAGUAUUGAAUUUAUAAACUCAAAACCAAAACCUCUUGCCAUUUAUGCAUUCACCAAAGAUGAAACUUUCAAGAGAAAGAUUGUAUCAGAAACAUCCUCAGGAAGUGUCAUAUUUAAUGACACACUGGUUCAAUUUUUAUGUGAUACACUACCAUUUGGAGGUGUUGGACAGAGUGGUAUUGGUAGGUACCAUGGGAAAUUCUCCUUUGACACAUUCAGCCAUGAAAAAGCUGUAAUGCAUAGAUACCUUUGCCUUGAAAUUGAGCCAAGGUAUCCUCCAUGGAAUAAAUUUAAGCUAGAAUUUAUCAGACUGGCAUACAGGUUCAACUACUUUGGACUAGCACUACACAUGUUGGGCUUGAGAAAACAGAACUAGAACAAUUCUUCAAUCACAAUGCUUCUCUAUCUCAAAUAUAUGUUGAAAAGCUUCAAGUAGUAGCUUCAGAGCUACCACCGUGUGCUUAGACGUCUUUUACCGCAAUUCCAAACAUGCUAUCAUUUUAUUUGCUUAAGUUACAAAUAUCUACCUGUGAUUGAUUAUUCUUUUAACCAUAGUUAUGGUGGAUUAUGUUAA